AUGUAUUCAUGUAUUCGUACAGAACAAUUACAUACGUUGACUCUGACCUGUUUCAUCUUGCUUGGUUAUUAUUUUCGUCAAAGUUUCCAGAAUAGUAACAUCAUUGCUUAUAAUAUUCCUGAUCCAGAAUGUACUGGUAUUUUUAAUCUUUGUACUGACUUUGACAAAGAACGACUUGGUCGUCAAGCUAUUCGUGCAAUACAUGAACAAAUGGAUGAUGAUAAAGAUGGAUUAAUUCAAUCAUCUGAAAGUACUGAUUUUAUUAACGAAGAACUUGAAUCUAUGACAGAUGCUGCACGACAUGAACGAUUUCAAAAUGAUAAUGUGCACAUUACAUAUGAUGAUUUAUGGAUACAAUGGCAAAAUAAUCCAGUUCAUAAUUGGACAACAGAUCAUGUAAUCGAUUGGCUUGUUAGUUGUGUUCAUUUACCACAAUAUAUUGAAAAUUUUCGUCGUAAUCAAUUUGAUGGUCGAAUGAUACCAAGAUUGGCAGCUAAUGAAAAACAAUACAUACAAUCGAUUAUGCACAUUCGAGAUGUACGCGAUAAACGACGACUUAUUAUUAAAGCAACUGAUAUCGUUCUAUUCGGACCUCUACAACGUUGGUAUUUUAAUUUUAUUAGGAAGUUUUAUAAUAAAUUCUACAUUCUUCAUCAAUAG